CCGAGGAGUCCCUUGCUGAAGGCGGACCGCGGGGCGGCGGGCGGCGCGCGCGCGCCCGAGAGGCGGCUGUUGGAGAAGUGGAGCGGCGGUCGCGGGGGGAGGAGGAGGAGGAGGGACUGAGCGGCGGCGGCCCCCGCGUCCCAGUGCCUCUAUGGGGAAAGCAGACAAUGGAUUAUGAUUUCAAGGCGAAGCUGGCGGCGGAGCGGGAGCGGGUGGAGGAUUUGUUUGAGUACGAAGGGUGCAAAGUGGGACGCGGCACCUACGGGCACGUCUACAAGGCGAGGCGGAAAGAUGGAAAAGAUGAGAAGGAAUAUGCACUGAAGCAAAUUGAAGGCACAGGAAUAUCCAUGUCGGCUUGCAGAGAGAUUGCACUUUUGCGAGAAUUGAAGCACCCUAACGUGAUCGCCUUGCAGAAGGUGUUCCUUUCUCACAGUGACAGGAAGGUGUGGCUGCUCUUUGAUUAUGCGGAACAUGAUUUGUGGCAUAUUAUUAAGUUUCACCGUGCAUCAAAAGCAAAUAAAAAGCCCAUGCAGUUGCCAAGAUCUAUGGUUAAAUCAUUACUUUACCAGAUUCUUGAUGGUAUCCAUUACCUCCAUGCAAAUUGGGUGCUUCACAGAGAUCUGAAACCAGCAAAUAUCCUAGUAAUGGGAGAAGGUCCUGAAAGGGGGAGAGUCAAAAUAGCUGACAUGGGUUUUGCCAGAUUAUUCAAUUCUCCUCUAAAGCCACUGGCAGAUUUGGAUCCAGUAGUUGUGACUUUUUGGUAUCGGGCUCCUGAACUUCUGCUUGGUGCAAGGCAUUAUACAAAGGCCAUUGAUAUAUGGGCAAUAGGUUGCAUAUUUGCUGAAUUGUUGACUUCAGAACCUAUUUUUCACUGUCGUCAGGAAGAUAUAAAAACAAGCAAUCCCUUUCAUCAUGAUCAACUAGAUCGGAUAUUUAGUGUCAUGGGGUUUCCUGCAGAUAAAGAUUGGGAAGAUAUUAGAAAGAUGCCAGAAUACCCCACACUUCAGAAAGACUUUAGAAGAACAACGUACGCCAACAGUAGCCUCAUAAAGUACAUGGAGAAACACAAGGUCAAGCCUGACAGCAAAGUGUUCCUCUUGCUUCAGAAACUCCUUACUAUGGAUCCCACCAAGAGAAUUACCUCGGAGCAGGCUCUGCAGGAUCCCUAUUUUCAGGAGGACCCCUUGCCAACAUUAGAUGUGUUUGCUGGCUGCCAGAUUCCAUACCCCAAACGAGAAUUCCUUAACGAAGAUGAACCUGAAGAGAAAGGUGACAAGAAUCAGCAGCAGCAACAGAACCAGCAUCAGCAGCCCACAGCGCCCCCCCAGCAGGCGGCAGCCCCCCCACAGGCGCCCCCACCGCAGCAGAACAGCGCGCAGACCAAUGGGACUGCAGGCGGGGCUGGGACGGGCACGGGGGGUGCGGGGCCCGGCCUGCAGCACAGUCAGGACUCGGGCCUCAGUCAGGUGCCUGCGAACAAGAAGCCCCGCCUGGGGCCCUCGGGCGCGAACUCAGGCGGGCCUGUUCUGCCCUCAGAUUAUCAGCACUCCAGUUCUCGCCUGAAUUACCAAAGCAGCGUUCAGGGAUCCUCCCAGUCCCAGAGCACCCUCGGCUACUCGUCCUCGUCCCAGCAGAGCGCGCAGUACCACCCGUCUCACCCGGGCCACCGCUACUGACCGCGGCCCAGGGCGCAGACCCCAGCAAUAUGCCGCCCGCAUUGAAGAGAACCAAAAAAUGCAAUCGAUGAUGCCGUCUCAGACUCCUCCACUUAGGAGGAAGACUCCAUCCUGACUUUUGCAGGACUAACUGAUGUGUCUUCUUUAUGGACUUCAAGAAGAUUUUUGGGACGUGGCCGCAGCACCCUGUCCCCGCAUGUGUUCCGCUGCGACUCUCCUCCAGCGUCGGAUCUAAUCCUAAGCACUUCACUUCUGUAACCUUCAGCAUUUUUUUGGAAGGAUUUCCUGGUGCACCUUUCUCAUGCUGUAGCAAUCACUAUGAUUUAUCUUUUCAAAGCUCUUUUAAUAGGAUUUUAAUGUUUUAGAAACAGGACUCCAGCGGUGUAUAGUUUUAUACGUCAUGAACUGCCCUAGCGACACAGGUAAAAAUGCACCUUUUAAAGCACUACGUCGUUUUCACAGAAUAUGACUGUUUUGCUCAUGGAAGUCUUAAACAGGAACUGUUACUGUCCCAAAGUACUUUACUAUUACGUUUUUAUUUAUCUAGUUUCAGGGAAGGUCUUAAAAAAAAAAAAAAAGACAAAUGGUGGGGCGGAGGGAACCUACAACCAAAAACAGCCUAGAUCUUUACAGUUACUAUGCUUUAUGCUACGAAGAACUCAAGUAUGUGCUAGUUUUUAUAUAAUCAAUCAUUCAUAUGGAACGUAGUUCCCAGAAUCCCCUUGUUCUGAGGAGUAUUCAGUACUGAAGAAUUCUCACUUGACCGUCACGUAGCUAAGUCUACCUUAAAAAGGGUUUCAAGAGCUUUGAGGAACUGCAGCCGUCUGGUGCCCCACACCAGAAAGCAGAAGAGAGUAUUAACUGCACUAGGGUUUCUUUAAGGAGUAACAUCGAUCAAAGGAUGUGUUACUUACCUUGGAAGGAAAAGCUUUUGGUGUGUAUUGUCCAUGAAGUUGGCUUCUCUAAAGAACUGUUGGUUUCUUCACGUCGGGGCUUAGCUUGAGUAACUUUCUUACGUAAUCAAGAGUACUCAAACAGAAGCCUGCAAAUUCAUUUGCAACUUAGCCUGCUUUUAAAAUAAAGAGCAGUGUUCUCCAUUCAUAUUUGCAUUAGACAUAGAGUGACUAUUUUUAAAGCAUGUUAAAAGUUUAGGUUUUAUUCAUGUUUCGAGGAUGUAUUAUGUAUGCAUAAUUUUGCUGUUGUUAACUGAAACUUAAUUCUAUCAAGAAUCUUUUCAUUGCACUGAAUGCUUUCUUUGCCCCUAGGAGAAAACUUAAUAAUUGUGCCUAAAAAACUGUGGGCAGAUAGUAUACACGACUAUACAUUUCCAGGAUCUAUGAAUUAGAGGCUGAGUUCUUUCUCAGCCGGGGAAAGGAGGCCCUCACUUCCCAGAGUCACAGGAAAUGUAAAGACUUCGAGCUCCCAUUUUAAUGUAAGGGGCAAGAAAUUUGUGUUCUUCGGAAUGCUACUAGCAGCACCAGCCUUGUUAUAAAUGUUUUCUUGAGCUAGAAGAAAUAGCUGAUUGUUGUAUAUGCAAGCUAUAUGCAUUUUUUUUUAAACUAUUUGUGAACUUAUCUACCUGGUUAUGAUACUCUGGGUCCAUACACAAAUAAGAUUUUAGACAGAAGCCAGUAUACAUUUUGCACUAUUAAUGUGAUACUGUAGCCAGCAAGGACCUUACUGAUCUCAGCAUAAUAAUGCUUAUUAAUAAUAGAAGCUAUAUGGUGACACUCAUGAACAUGGAAGAUGAAGCAGUUGGCAUGUUCCAUUGGAAGGAAUUUUCUGAUUGUCUCAAUGGUAAUUCACCCCUUCCAUUUUAUUUUUUAAAUGGGAAAUUAAUAGCCCUUUGCAUAACAUAGCUGCCUGUAUAAAAUUCUUUCCUGUGCCCUGAAGCCUCACUGUCCAGAGUUAUUGGCCAUCAGCUGCUCACUGCACCAUCACCAUGUGCCCAGGGCCAUCCCGGCUGGGAGACUCAAAGGGCAAGACAUACUUCCUGUCCUUAAGGAGCUUAGGAUCCAUUCCACAACUGCAAGUUCUCCUGGGAUGAGAGGACUGGCUUAUAAGAGAAUGAGGGUCCUUUUGUUUACUUCUAAACUCACUUGGAUAGGGUUAUCAUUUCCAAAGCUGCUGUGUGAUAGACAGUGUUAUCGAGAGGUUUCUAUUGACCUUAGAGAAGGCCAGCGAUUAAAUAUCACAACAGGCAUUAAUGUGUCUUUGAAAUGUUCACAGCAGCCUCUCAACAACAGUUGGUGGCCCUUAUAAGCAGAAUGCACUUCUGAAGUGGUUGUGGGAAAUUACAGGGAAAACAGAAGCUCCGUGGCAGCCCUGGGGGGGCAUUUAGAGUUAAUAAGAGGAAAGCCCACCUACGGGUGUAGACCAAAAUACCAUGCCCCUUCAUACUUUAUAAGCAACUUUGAUAUAUUGUUCUUGUGAUACGUGCUUAUGUAAUCACAGGAGUACCCUGCUUUCCUUGCAGAUAGCUAAUUUUAUUGGCAGAACUGAUGCAGAAACCGUGAGGGGUACCAUCCGUUUUUCUAGUCCAUGGUGUUCUCCAGGAUACAGGCAGAUACCCGCAUUAUUCUGGUCACUGUGCUGGUACUGGCCCUUUUCUUCCCGUUCUUGCCUCAGAGUUGGGGGUGCCAGUUGGGCCCAGUGCCCUUGAAAUAAUUUAGACUCAUGAUUUCCUUUUCCCUGCAAACGGGAACAAAGCCUUUAACAUUCUUAUGGACCCUAAACUGUGGGACCUUGAGGGAGCUCUGUGACGCCUUUUGAGGUUAAAAUUUACCUUUGUAGUCCCCAAAUGACCUCAUUUCUCUUUGAAGACGCAUUACUGUCUUGUUCCCUGAGAACGCAGGGAGCCCCCCUCCCCCAAGCCAUGAGAAUACCCAAACAGAGGGAGGUUAUUUGAAAGGAAGGAAGGAAUACAAGUGAAGGUUCUCUGCCCUCCAUAUUACAAAUCAGUUUCCAAUUAGCUUUCUGGUGAGCUGUGUGUUUGGGAAAAGGGAUUCUAGUUUCAGGAGAGCCAGCUCCAGGGGAAGGUAGCCUGGUGGCCGGGCUGUUUCUACGAGGCUGAAGCAAUCUUUGUGAUGAUAGUAGGUCGUGCAGUAACAUACGAAAACCAAGGGCAUGUAUAUUUUUAUAUCUGUGUGGUUUUAAAACUUUAGUACUUAGAAUUUUGGCCUUCUGCACUACUCUUUCGCUCUUGUGAACCUAAUUGACAUUGAAGAAUGGAAAGGGACGACGUUUACCUCCAUGUUCACUGCCUCACUCAUGGUGAAGCCGCUGCUGGGUGUAUGCCUCUGAAACGAAGCUGUUUUCUCUGCUCCAGGGAAUAGGAAAAAUCGUCGGACAAAAAGAUUUGCAGCUUAAUCUGCUUUUGAAUAAAACGAUGUGGCAGAAAUUAUACAAUGAAGGAAAAAUUCUAGGAAAAUUGGAAAUCCUUAACUCUCCGGUGAUAUCUUUCAAGGGAAUGGAGAAAGGCAAUAAGACAGCAGUUAGCCUGAAGGAGGCUUGAAGGAUUCAAGGAUUAAGUAAUGUUUUAUAUCAAACCUAGCAGUUUAGGCCCCAUCAUCUUCAAGAGUAGUCACAGAUACCAUAAAGCAAAGUUCAUUGUUUUAGGAUUUUUUAAAGAAAUGUGUUGUACCUAAGGCCAUACUUACUCUUCUAUGCUAUCACUGCAAAGGAGUGAUAUGUAUGUAUUAUAUUGAAAAAAAUCCUUAAUGCACUGUUAUCUCCUAAAUAUUUAGUAAAUUAAUACUAUUUAAUUUUUUUAAAGAUUUGUCUGUGUAGACACUAAAAGUAUUACACAAAAUCUGGACUGAAGAUGUCCUUUUUAACAGCAAUUUAAAGUACUUUUUAUAUAUGUUAUGUAGUAUAUCCUUUCUCAACUGCCUAGUUUGUAACUCCCAUAAUUCCUGUUUGUGAAGUGUACCUGUCUUUGUCUCUUCUUUCAGCCAUUUUCUGCACGCACCCCUCUUUCUAUGAUUAUAGAGAUGACCACGUACGCUUCCCACACUCUGCGGCGAGGUGUGCACUCAGAGCCAGCUGUCCCCCCAGCAAGUGAGCUCCGUGGGGGGCAGGAGAGAAGCCACUUUGGAGUCCAGAGUGUUUCCCCGCAUUUGAGUUGUCCUGACACCCUUCUUGAGAUGACUGUUAAAGCUAAAAUAAAUUACAUUGCAUUUAUUUUAUAUUCUUGGUUGUAAUAAAAUUUAAUUGACUUUG